AUGCUCUCAUCAACUCAAUAUUUGAACAUUUUUUUCAGGGUAUCCCUAAGCGCCAUGAGUUCCGACUUGUACGCGAACGCAGUUUUAUACUGCGAAAUUUCUCAAAGAAAUCCCGAGCUCGUAGCCAAGAUGUUCAAUGAAGCGACACGAAAGAAAUUGGAUGCAUUCCUCAAAGAUCAUGAAGCACCAAAACUGAAAGACAUUAUCGAUGAUGGCGCGUUCAAGAAAAGAAAACGCACAUCCUCCACAUCUGGAAACGAACCUCCUUCAAAAAAAGUUGCAGCUAAGGAAUCAUCAAGUUCUGAUUCUUCGGACGAUGGAGCAGUCAAGAAGAACGGUGUUCAAAAACCAGUUACCGUAGCUGUAAAAAAAGCCUCCACUCCUGCCCAGAAAAAGGCAGCUUCCAGCAGCAGCGAUUCUGAGAGCGAUGCUCCGACGAAGAAGCUAACUCCUUCCAAAAAGCCACCGCAGACUCCAGCUCAAAAGAAUGCUGCAUCUAGUUCGGACAGCGAUGACGAUGAUGCGCCAGCGAAGAAAACUCUUCCCCCAACAAAGAUCGUGAAGCCAACUCCUAAAAAACAAGAAACAAGUGAUUCGGAUAGUGAUAGUGAAGAAAGUGAUGCAGGAAAGUCUAAGACGCCUGCUGCUAAGCUCACUCCGCAUGCUGUGAAACCAGCUAUGAAGAAAGCAUCAUCAUCGGAUUCUUCCGAUUCGGACGACGACAAGAAGUCGGCUCCCAAACCAGCUGCCGCCAAAGCAACUCCAAUGGCUCCUGCUGCAAAGAAGGCUGCUUCUUCAUCGGAUGAUUCCUCUGACGAUGAGAAGAAGCCUGCUGCAAAACCAACUCCAGCAAAGGCUACUCCAAAGGCUCCUGUUGCAAAGAAGGCUGCUUCUUCAUCGGAUGACUCUUCUGACGAUGAAAAGAAGCCCGCUGCAAAACCAACUCUAGCAAAGGUCGCUCCAAAGGCUCCAGCUGCUAGGAAGGCUGCUUCUUCAUCGGACGAUUCUUCUGACGACGAGAAAAAACCUGCUGCAAAACCAACUCCAGCCAAGGCUACUCCAAAGGCUCCUGUUGCAAAGAAGGCUGCUUCUUCAUCGGAUGACUCUUCUGACGAUGAAAAGAAGCCUGCUGCUAAACCAACUCCAGCCAAGGUUGCUCCAAAGGCCCCAGCUGCUAGGAAGGCUGCUUCUUCAUCGGACGAUUCUUCUGACGACGAGAAAAAACCUGCUGCAAAACCAACUCCAGCCAAGGCUACUCCAAUGGCUCCUGCUGCAAAGAAGGCUGCUUCUUCAUCGGAUGAUUCCUCUGACGACGAGAAAAAACCUGCUGCAAAACCAACUCCAGCCAAGGCUACUCCAAAGGCUCCUGUUGCAAAGAAGGCUGCUUCUUCAUCGGAUGACUCUUCUGACGAUGAAAAGAAGCCUGCUGCUAAACCAACUCCAGCCAAGGUUGCUCCAAAGGCCCCAGCUGCUAAGAAGGCUGCUUCUUCAUCGGACGAUUCUUCUGACGACGAGAAAAAACCUGCUGCAAAACCAACUCCAGCCAAGGCUACUCCAAAGGCUCCUGUUGCAAAGAAGGCUGCUUCUUCAUCGGAUGACUCUUCUGACGAUGAAAAGAAGCCUGCUGCUAAACCAACUCCAGCCAAGGUUGCUCCAAAGGCCCCAGCUGCUAAGAAGGAUGUUUCUUCAUCGGACGAUUCUUCUGACGACGAGAAAAAACCUGCUGCAAAACCAACUCCAGCCAAGGCUACUCCAAAGGCUCCUGUUGCAAAGAAGGCUGCUUCUUCAUCGGAUGACUCUUCUGACGAUGAAAAGAAGCCUGCUGCUAAACCAACUCCAGCCAAGGUUGCUCCAAAGGCCCCAGCUGCUAAGAAGGCUGCUUCUUCAUCGGACGAUUCUUCGGACGAUGAGAAGAAGCCUGUUGCUAAACCAACUCCAGCCAAGGCUACUCCGAAGGCUCCUGCUGCAAAGAAGGCUGAAUCUUCUUCUGACUCUUCUGAUGAUGAGAAGAAACCUGCUGCUAAACCAACUCCAGCGAAGGUUACUUUAAAGGCUCCAGCUGCUAAGAAGGCUGCUUCUUCAUCGGACGAUUCUUCUGACGACGAGAAAAAACCUGCGGCUAAAACAACUCCAGUAAAGGGUACUCCAAAGACCCCAGUUGCUAAGAAGGCAGUUUCUUCCUCGGAUGACUCUUCUGACGAUGAGAAGAAACCUGCUGCAAAACCGACUCCAGCCAAGGCUACUCCAAAGGCUCCAGAUGCUAAGAAGGCUGCUGCUUCAUCGGACGAUUCUUCUGACGACGAGAAAAAGCCUGCGGCUAAAACAACUCCAGCAAAGGUUACUCCAAAGUCUACAGCUGCUAAGAAGGCCGAUUCUUCAUCGGAUGACUCCUCGAAUGACGGAAAGAAACCUGCUGCAAAACAAACUCCAGCAAAGACUACUCCAAAGGCACUUGCUGCUAAGAAGGUUGAUUCCUCUUCGGACGAUUCUUCUGAUGAUGAAAAGAAACCAGUUUCUAAGCAAACGCCAGCCAAGGCUACCCCAAAGGCUCCCGCUACAAAGAAGGCUGAAUCUUCUUCUGACUCUUCUGAUGAUGAUGAAGAUCUCCCGAAACCGUCGAAGUUGAAACCUGCCCCCCCGAGACAGAAGAAUGAGGAUUCCGAGGAUUCUGCUGAAACUGAAGAAAGUUCCUCUAGAACACCUGCUCUGAAAGCGAAACCUUUAGCUACAUCCACUGAAAAGCCAGGUUAUGAAUCAAGAAAGAGAAAGUCAUCGCCAUUCCGCCGAGUUCAAAUGACUAAAGACAGUGUUGCCGAGAAGUUCAGAAAUAACCAACAUGAUUCAAGUUUCGACCAAUGGGGUCAACGCGCAAACGAAAGUCUCGGAAAAGUUGUAGGAAAGGCCUUCCGACAUGAGAAAACCAAAAAGAAGAAGGGAAGCUACGGCGGCGGUCCAAUCAACCAAUCUAUCAAUUCAAUCAAGUUUUCGGAUUCUGACGACUAA